GUCUUGAUGUGCGCUUGAUAAGCGCGUUGAGGCUGCACUCACGGCGAGCAAGCUGUAUGUCCGUACUAACGCCGUGUGAUUAGGACCCCUCAACAACAGCAGCAGCAGAUGAAGAUGAUGCAGCAAAUGCAAGGCCAGCAGAUGGAACGACAAGGCUCGCAAAUGGACAUGGGCGGUCCUCGCGCAGGCUCACCCGGCUCCGGCGACGCCCCAUCCCCCAAACGCCAACGCCUCGACGGCCAAAUGCAGCAGAUGAACGCCAUGCGGCCAGGCCCGCCCGGUACCCAAAACCAGGUGGGUCUCCCUCAAACCCCCCAUCUCCCCACAGCCCAGCCCGACCCCAGCAUGUUUGCCCACACGCAGGAACUGCUGCGCUCGCGCGGCAUCGAUCCGGACUCGCUCGGGCCCGAGCAACUCCACCGUCUGGCGCUGCAGCCUACUAAUCACCAAGAGAAGGCCGUGGAAACGUACUCCUCCUCCCUCGCGCAGCAGAUGAAAACCGCUAUGCAUAAUUCUAACGUCACCGCGAAGGGUAUGAGCGCCAUGCCGCCCGGCCAGGGCCCGAAUCCGGCCACGCUCGCCGCCAAUAUGGUCGGGCAGGGCAGUCCGAUGAGUCAGCCGGGGGGCCUGGAUGGGGGCACGGGCGAGUUUUACGCCGCCGUGGCGAAUGGGAGGGGGAUGCCGGGGAUGCCGAAUAACGUUGUCGCGGCUGCUGCGGCGGCCGGGCAGGCGGGGGGCAAUCCGGGCAAUCAUGCGCUGCAGGAUUAUCAGAUGCAGCUGAUGUUGCUCGAGCAGCAGAAUAAGAAGCGGUUGCUCAUGGCGCGACAGGAGCAAGACAGCAUGACGCAUCCGGGUCCCAUGGGUCCGAACGGCCAAUUCCCGCAGGGACCGCCCGGAGGCAUGUCACCCGGUCGGCAAGGCGCCUCGUCACCCAGCGCAGGCGAUAUGGCACGCGGCACGCCGAAGAUGGGCGGUGGUAGGCCCGGAGACGAAGACUCGCCACAGCCGAUGAUGGAUCCCUCUCAAAUGACGGCGGCGAUGCGACAACAGUUGAUGCAAAAUGGUGGUUUGAACAUGAUGAGACCACCUCCUUCGUCCCACCCACAAACCGGACCGCCCGGCGCCGGCCUUUCCCAAGAGCAACUCGCGAUGAUGCAGCAGAUGCAGGCGCAGCAGCAGAGGGCUAAUGGGAUGAAUCAGUGGCAGCAGCAGCAGCAGCAACAACAGCAACCCGGGCAGCAGCAGAUGAUACCAGGACAACAGCAACCUCCUGGCGUUGGUCCACCGCAGCAGCAAGGUGGCGUGCCACCGAAUAUGACGCCGAGACCGAAUAAUAUGCCACCGCCUCCUGCUCCGCCGGCCGCGGGGACGCAGCCGAGUAGUCCCGCCGCACCGCAGCAACCUGCUGCGCCGCCGACGCCGAGUCAGGGGGUUAAGGCUAAGGUGGGGGGAAAGAAGGAGGCGGGGAAGAAGGUGCGCUCGAUGUAUUGCCCUAAUGGGUGCCAGUUUACUGACAUGAGAUCGCAUUGUAGGGCGCAGCGAAGAAGAACAACGCCGCGAACGCGGGCAACACGGCGACUCCGGCGACGACGUCGGAGUCGGAGUCACAACAACCGCCCACCCCCGUCCCCGCCACGCCCAUCACGCCACACGCGCCCAAUAACAACGCCCUGGCGUACAAUCAAAACAAAACCCUACCAAACGGUCAACCGACCUCCGCCCCCGCCCCUCCACCCGGCCAACCUCAACCCCCCAGCCAGCAACCCGGCCCGCAAGGUGGCGCGGGUGAAAUGAACCCCGCCCACCCCUUCGGCAGCCUCGUCGACCCCACCGCCGACUUCGGCAGCAUGAACAUGGAUUUCGGCGACUUGGGCGGGCCGGACGUGCUGGAUAAUUUUGAUUUCGACUCGUUUUUGAAUAAUGACCAGGCGGAUGGGGGGUUGGGGUUUGAUGCGAAUUUCGCUUUUGGCGGGGCAGGGGGGGAUGGGGGGGUGGGG